CGCUCCGCCCCAGGGAGCGCGAACCCGGAGGAGCUUGGGACUAGCCAGCUCUGGUAGUCCCGGGCGCGGGCGAUGCGGGCGCCGCGGGCGACACCUGCGGCUCCUCUCGGUGGCAGCCGUCGCCUGGGCGGCAGCAGCUCGAGCCUCGGCAGCCUUAGCAGCUACAGUCGCCGCAGCCCGGAGAGCCUCCGUUGCGGUCGCGAUCUCUGAUGCUCCUGCCCGCUCCCGGCCCAGCCGAUCCGGGAGGAUGUGGGUUCUCGGCAUCGCAGCAACUUUUUGUGGAUUGUUCUGGCUUCCAGGGUCGGCGGCGCUGCAGAUUCAGUGCUACCAGUGUGAGGAAUUCCAGCUGAACAACGAUUGCUCAUCCCCUGAGUUCAUCGUCAACUGCACCGUGAAUGUUCAAGACAUGUGUCAGAAAGAGGUGAUGGAGCAAAGUGCAGGGAUCAUGUACCGGAAGUCAUGUGCAUCGUCAGCAGCCUGUCUCAUCGCCUCGGCUGGGUACCAGUCCUUCUGUUCCCCUGGGAAACUGAACUCCGUAUGCAUCAGCUGCUGCAAUACCCCUCUUUGCAAUGGGCCGAGGCCCAAGAAAAGAGGCAGCUCAGGCCUCGGCCAUCAGGCCAGGGCUGCUCACUACUGCCCUGCUCUUUAAUGCAGCCCUCUGCCUGGCACACUGCUGA